CUCAAUUCUACUACGACACACAGCUGCCACCGCCCUCCUUCUCUUGAUCAACUUCCUGCAAUGGCGUCUCAGCGGCUGGCGCUGAAUCUUCAGCGGUCCCUUCGAAGCAGAAAAGCUCUCAGUGCUAUUCAGUCUCCCCUUCGCCGCUACGCCAACCCUGUCACUCCCUCCAGAACUGAAAGCACCACUCUCUCGAACGGCUUGACGAUUGCGACCGAGCAUUCGCCAUGGGCUCAGACCUCAACCGUCGGUGUUUGGAUUGAUGCUGGGAGCAGAGCGGAAACAGACAAGACCAACGGAACUGCACAUUUCUUAGAACAUCUCGCUUUCAAGGGCACUGGCAGGCGAACCCAACAUCAACUAGAGCUCGAGAUUGAGAAUAUGGGUGGUCACCUCAACGCAUACACUUCGCGUGAAAAUACUGUUUACUAUGCCAAAUCCUUCAACUCCGAUGUUCCCAAGACCGUCGACAUCCUUUCCGACAUUCUACAAAACUCUAAACUCGAACCCGCGGCCAUCGAGCGCGAAAGAGAUGUGAUUCUCAGGGAGCAAGAGGAAGUCGACAAGCAGUUGGAAGAAGUGGUAUUUGAUCACUUGCAUGCCACGGCUUAUAUGCAUCAGCCUCUCGGCCGCACCAUCCUCGGGCCCAAGGAAAACAUCGAGACAAUUUCUCGACAGGAUCUGGUUGAUUAUAUUACCACCAAUUACACCGCUGACCGCAUGGUCCUUGUCGGCGCAGGUGGCAUUCCCCACGAAGAAUUGGUCAAGCUCGCUGAGAAGCAUUUCGGACACCUGAGAUCUGCUCCGCCGACAUCUUAUGCCGCUGAAAUUGCCGCUGAGCAGAAGCGUAAACCCACUUUCAUUGGCUCUGAGGUCCGGAUAAGAGACGACACAAUCCCCACUGCGCACAUCGCCAUUGCCGUUGAAGGUGUUUCCUGGAGAGACGACGAGUAUUUCCCCGCCCUGGUUACACAGGCCAUUGUCGGGAACUGGGACCGGACGAUGGGCAAUUCCCCCUAUCUUGGCUCAAGACUCAGCACAUUUGUGAACGCGAAUAAUUUAGCCAACAGCUUCAUGAGCUUCUCCACGAGCUACAGCGAUACUGGACUAUGGGGAAUAUACCUCGUUUCCGAGAACAAGACCCAAAUUGAUGACCUUGUUCACUUUACCCUGCGCGAGUGGUCGAGACUCUCCUUCAACGUCUCCGAAGCAGAGACCGAGCGUGCCAAAGCCCAACUCAAAGCGUCCAUCCUCCUGAGCCUGGACGGGACAACGGCCGUUGCAGAGGACAUUGGACGACAAAUCGUCACGACUGGCAGGAGAAUGGACCCCGCCGAGAUUGAGCGUGUGAUCGGCGGGAUUACGGCACAGGAUGUGAUGCGGUUCUGCCAGAAGAAGCUUUGGGACCAGGACAUUGCGGUGAGUGCGGUCGGCAGUAUUGAAGGCCUGUUGGAUUAUAACCGUAUCCGGAACGAUAUGGCAAGGAACUUGGCAUAGGCGGGACGAGAUGAAGGAGACAGGAGGCCGGGGACUUGUGGAGGCAAACAAGUCGAGAAAACAGAGGGAGAAACAGGGCAGAAGUGUCUUGAUGAGGACCUCUGAUCGGAGGUCAGUGAUCUGGUGCUUCUAGAGGGCUAGGUAGUGAUUUGUAUUGUACAGUGCACAUGGCAUUAUCCGCACAGAAAAAAAAGGAUCUGUCGACUUGGAAGAAAGAGACUCGUGGCAUUCACGGUAUCUUUCCUCUUGAAUUGUCCGAGGACGCCGUCUCAUAUUUCUCUCAUUGACUUAGCUCUACAAUAGAGAGACUCCAGAGGAGAAGAAAACAUCAGAUCCAAAGGACGUCUACACUUCCCUGG